AUGGAUGAAGAUCAAAGUAAUUAUAUAUUUAAAUACUUAUUAGACGUAGUCUCAUUAUCUUUACUCAAUGAUGAGUAGGAUUAGAAAUUAUUAGAAAAAAUAUCAAACAAAAGUAAAAAGAUUUUCAAAAUUGUCUAUUCAAAUAAGUAUUUACUAUUAUGAGUAUUCUUAUAGCAAAUAAUUAAUAAAAUACAAGAUUUACAAUAGAAAAGAAAAAAGUUUAGAGGAAUUAAGUAAAAAAUUUGUUCGUUGCCUUAUUGAUUAUGAUGAAAAAAUUGUUUGUUUAGAUUAAAUUACAGAUGAAUUGGGUAUAUUAUUUUAUUAAUAUAGGGGUUGAAAGAAGAAGAAUAUAUGAUAUAAUAAAUAUCUUAGAAAGUUUAUAAGUAGUGAAAAGAAAAUGUAAAAAUAAAUAUAGUUGGAGUGGAUUCAAAACUAUUUAUUAAACGAUUCAAUAAGUAUUAUUGUAUAUAUAUAAAUUAUAGUAUGCAAAUAAAUAAGUGAAUUUUGAUACAACUUAGCACAAAAGAGAAAAAUCUUUAGAAGUACUCUCUGCUGGAUUUAUUCAAUUAUUUAUGUAACAUAAAUCUAUUUGGACUUUAGAAGAGGCUGCAAAAUAUUUAGGUAAGGAAGUUGAUCAAAAUAAAUUGAAAACAAAAGUUAGAAGGUUAUAUGAUAUUGCAAAUGUUUUAAAAUCUAUUGGAUUAAUUAAGAAAACUCAUUUGAUAUCAUCGAAAAAACCUGCAUUUUAAUGGGUAGGUGAAGAAGGGUUAAAAUAGUUUUAACAUAAUUUAAAAUAAUAAGAAUUAAAAAAUAAACCUUAAGAAAUUAAAGAGAAUAUAGCCAUUCAAUCUUUUCCUUAAAAUUAAAAUUUGAAUAAACCUGAUAAUUAAAAUUUGAAUAAACCUGAUAAUUAAAAUUUGAGUAAACCUGACAUUUAAUAUCAGAGAAAACCUGACGAUUUUAAUAAUUAUAAUUCAUAUGUUGAUAAAUGUAUAGAUGUGCUUAUCUAAUAAUAAUUAUAUGAUAGAAAAUAAUAAACAGAAUAAAAAAUUAGAGAACAGAAUUAGAAUCAACUCACAAUUAUAACUCCAAAAUUAAGAAAAACAUACACCAUUAUUGUAAUUUAAUAAAAUUUAAAAUUAGCCUCCUAGAGUUACAACUCCAAAAAAGGCUUUGUCUUCAACCCCAAAAAAAAAAUAAUCUAAUAAUCACACACCUAAUAAUAAAAAUGUAGUUGGUUCUCUUAUUGGGAAGUUUAAUUAAAACUUAUGA